UCUUCCGUUAGCCGGCGCCACGGGCCUUGGGGCAUGGGAUCCCGCCGCCCGGUGCUGGCGCUGGCCCGGCUGCACGGGCUCUUCGCGGUCUACAAGCCCCCGGGGCUGAAAUGGAAGCACCUGCGGGACACCGUGGAGCUGCAGCUUCUGAAGGGUGUCAAUGCUGGGAAGGCUCCGGCCCCUGAACAGCGUGUUCGUUUCCUGCUGGGCCCCACGGAAGGCAGCGAAGAGAAGGCGCUUACCCUCACGGCCACCAGUGUGCCCGCUCUCGCCAACCAUCCGCUGGUCUGCGGACCAGCAGUCACCAGCUUAAAGAUUGGCGUCGGACACCGGCUAGAUGCCCAGGCGUCUGGGGUGCUGGUGCUUGGCGUGGGACAUGGAUGCAGUCUCCUCACCGACAUGUACAAUGCUCACCUCACCAAGGAUUACACGGUGCGUGGCCUCCUGGGCAAAGCCACAGAUGACUUCUGCGAGGACGGACGGCUGGUGGAGAAGUCAACGUACGGUGUGCCCAGAAGAAACUGUUUUUACCUUGGAGUCUAUGAGCCCCUUGAAAAUGUCCUCAGAAUGCUGAGUUCAGACCAUGUGACCAGAGAGAAACUGGACCGAAUCCUGGCCGUGAUCCAAGGUUCCCAUCAGAAGGCCCUGGUGAUGUACUCCAACCUCGACUUGCAGACCCAAGAGGCCUACGACAUGGCCGUGAGGGGCUUGAUCCGGCCCAUGAACAAGUCCCCGAUGCUGAUAACGGGCAUCCGAUGCCUCCACUUCGCGCCUCCGGAAUUCCUCUUAGAGGUGCGGUGCAUGCACGAGACGCAGAAGCAGCUGCGGAAGCUGGUGCACGAGAUCGGCCUGGAGCUGAAGACCACUGCCGUCUGCUCCCAAGUGCGGCGUACACGUGACGGCUUCUUCACCCUGGACGAUGCCCUGCUGAGGACCCGGUGGGACCUACACAGCAUCCAGGACGCCAUCCAGGCCGCCGCUCCCCGGGUGGCGGCGGAGCUGGAGAAGAGCCUGAGGCCAGGGCCGGGCGCCCCGGCAGCUCCCCAACCCUAGCGGGCCCUGGGCCUCCGGGGGCCGAGCUCUGCCUCAGGGCUGGGGACGGGUGCUGGGCCCUGAAGGGCCAGGUCACUGGUGGGGCGGUGGAUGGAGGAGAUGAAUCGCUCCUGAGCUGCAACCAGUAGCUGUGCGGAGAGCAAGAGUAGGGGGAAGCGUUUCUAUGUGUGACGUAGAACGCCGAAGCUGUGAGAAGGAAGAUCCACAGACUUGAAACAAUUGAAAAGGAAAAACUUCAUUAUGGAGGAAAAGAUAAAUGACAGACUGGUAAAAAUCCUUGCAAUAUGUUUACGAAUUAAUAUCCACAAUAUAUAAAGAGGUCUUAAAGAAAAAAGAUGACAAGAAAA